AUGCAUUAAUAUCAAGAAGCUUUACUUAAAAAUACAUUGAGAGGAGAGGAGAUCACAGUCAAUCUCUAAAUAUACAAUUCCACUGCUCAAUAGGAUAGAUAGCAAUUCAUUAAGGCAUUAUAGGAAUUGGCAAAUGAGAAAAAUACUAAAAUUGACGAGUAAUCUCGUAUUUUACAACUGCGAUUGCCUGGCACCACAACUAUAGCUAAUAUCAAGUCAGAUUUGGAAAAAUAUUGCAAUCAAAAAAUAAAUAUUUUAGAUUUUGAUGUGUGA